GAGCAAUACACUUGAAGCACUUUACUCCUUUCCAGUCUCAGACUGGCAAUUGUCCACUUGUCCAUAACAUUGAACUCCAUUGCUUCUUGACUACUGGAUACCCAUUGAUUGCUGUUUCUGCGUUUGCUUGACGUCUAGUCGCUAGCCGCCCCUCAUCGACACUCCUCGACACAUCUCGUUUCUCGUUGAACUGGUUCAACAGACGGACCCCUAAUAAACCACCACAAUGACAUCCUACUUCUCAUCCCUAACCUCCUCAAACGCCAUCUCCAACCUAGGCACACGCCUCAACUCCCUCCGUCGCGCAAUCACACUAGGCGACGAAGCCGAUGACCCCGACAACGAAGACUGCUCCCACAUCUCCAACGUCCUACGCGCCUACUACGUCGAAAAAGCCUAUCCCUUCCCAGCCUGGCUCCCCCCAGACCCCAAGAACCCAAACCCACCCCAACCAACCCGCGUCGUCGCAACAACCCAACUUCCCCCCGGUGCCCCUGGACAACCCCCCGCCGCGUCGAGCCACGGAAGAGGAGGCGGCCUGGGCGACCUCUGGGGCGACACGGGAUCCCCUCAACCUGCGGCUUCGCAGACCGCAAGUCUCCGUCGGGGUCGGUCGACGCCCAAUGCUUCUGGUGCGGCGUUGGCAGCCGCUGUGAGUGCUCCCGCUGCCGCGGGGCCUACGAACGCUUCUCCAUCGCCGAUGCUGUCGCCUGGUCUUGGACAGCCGGCUGGGGAGAGACCACUUCCUAGUCAGCGCACGGGGUCGUAUCAGACCGUUCCGGGGUCUGGCUCGGGGGCGUCGUCUGCGCAGGAACGGUUGAGGGCAAGGUUGCAGGGAGGAAGGUCGCCGAGUCCUGGGAUGCUUGAUCCGGUGGCGAGGAAGCCGGUUGGGGGGAUGACGCCAAGAUGGGGGUCUCGUUAGUCUAUACGGUCACACCUUUCGGUACGGGUAUGGAUACCCCUAGGUUUUAUGCCACGCCAAGGGGGAUUGAGUCUGUGAGUGCUUUCUUUUCAGCCGGACCGGCAUUGCUGGUUGAUGUCGUGUGACCGGCGGUCUUAAUAUCAUGUGGAGGGGUUUCAUAUCUGGCAGCAUGGUGGUGGAAGGCAAGGCUGUACAUAAUAAUCCGGAUUGCUUUAUUGCACUAGCGAGAAUGUAUUCUAUUUCGGCUUUGCUUAUGGAGCAGAGUAAGGUAAAUGUGAGUAAAUGGAAACUUGCCGGAUAAUCGCUAAGGCUAAUCGCCGGCUUUGUUGAGUCUACUUUUGAUUCCUUGGCUGGGGUUCCGAAAGAAGUACAAUAUCGACGCUGGUCACGGGAAC